AUUUUCAGCUUCACAAUUAUCUCUGGCGAUGAGCAAGUUAAGUGAAAUGAAGGGCAAGUCCCUGCUGCAGAUCAGCCAAUAGGAAAGCAUAUGGCAAGAAGAGAUAAAGCUAAGCCAUGCACAUUUUGCCAUAAAUAGGCCAGUGCUGGUAGCAGCUGGAGGGAGGAGCAGAAGUUUAGAAAGGUUUGUGCUUAGCAGCUCCUUCUGCAAACUGAAGAGGAAGGAAGGAUGAACAUCUAAUGGUAACACACAGAAACCCAAUUGUGAGGGAGGGGUGCAACGUUUAUUAGGGGUGAGAGAAAGCGAGACCACUUAGGUGCCUUUUUUCAGCGGAGCUCUUUGUGAAAUGUGGUGUGAUUUCUAGCAAUCCCUCUCAUUUUAUUUCCUUGCUUCUUGUGACUUGAAGGCGUUUUCUCUUUUAAUCUGUUUGGUUGUGUAACCUGCUAGUUGUGUCUUCAGAAAGCAAUUUGAUCGCUGAACAAGGAAGCAACUAUGCUGAGAUCAUAGUGAAACUCUGGACAUUUCAGUAACAAUCUGGGACUGCGGGUUGAGCUGUCAAAAUUGGAACUGUCCUGUGGAAAACAGGACAGUUGGGAGUUUGAAGAAGACAAAUGCACAGAAUGGAUGUAUCUGAGCUUAGCCCUCAGCGGCAGUCUCUGUUGGAUGCAAUCCAUCGCUUUAACACUGCCACAACAAUCAUGGAUGAAACCAUCAUGGUUCCUAGCAUGUUGCGGGAUAUCUCUCCCGUCAAGGAAGAAUGUGGAGAACAUUCAGACUCUAACCAAAUUGCUGAGCAAAAAAGCCUCUAUGAAUCCUACCUACUUCUGAAAUCUCUCCGGCAUGACAUGAAAUGGGGGAUUCACCAGGACAGUAAAGCUACACCAGAACACUACAAUGAAAAAGAGGAAUCUCCUGAGGAUGAAACAAGUGAUCUAGUAGACCAAUUUCAGAAUCACUUGAAGGGACUUUUGUCUGUACUUACCAAACUGACAAAAAAGGCCAAUCUACUUACAAACUCUUACAAAAAGCAGAUUGGCAUUGGUGCUCCAAGUAGUAAGCAUUACUCCAGAAGCAUGUCUCACUAAGAGCUCUUACAGAUGAGCGUUUGAAGCUGCGCUCCAUUGCAUUCCGUUUUUAUGUGUUCAGCCGCAGGGGAGCGCAGGAGU